AUGUCGAAUGAUGAAGAGCACAAGAGUCAUAAAGAGAUGGAGACUGGUGGCCCCGAAGCCUUGCGGAAUGGUGAAAUUGAACCCUACGAUUUGAGGGCUGCCGAGCAUGAUGCUGUUUUCGGUGAUAUUCACGAAGAUGGACCAAACUAUCGUAAUGUUGGAUGGUUAGGCACCGCCGCCCUCAUGGUCAAAUCCCAGAUCGGACUUGGCGUCCUCUCAUUGCCGGCCGUAUUUGAUACCUUUGGCAUGAUCCCCGGUGUUAUCCUUCUGCUGACAGUGGGGAUCAUUACCACCUGGUCUGACUAUAUUGUUGGUGUCUUCAAGCUACGUCAUCGCGAGAUCUACAGUGUUGCAGACGCAGGAGGAGUCAUGUUUGGUCGCAUUGGCAAUGAAUUCUAUGGCGCUGCUUACAUCAUUUUCUUCAUCUUCGUGGGGGCCUCCGGCUUGCUCAGCGUCUCCAUUUCUCUGAAUGCUCUGUCCCAUCAUGCAAUUUGUACCGCCAUCUUUGUUGUUGUUGCGGCCAUUAUGGUCUUCAUCCCCACCAGUAUUCGUACUCUAGAUCGCAUCAGCUGGUUGGCCUGGGUUGGUUCUACAUCGAUUAUUGUCGCAAUUCUCACCGUCACCAUUGCUGUCGGAUUGCAGGAACGGCCCUCGAGUGCACCGCAAGAGGGUGUCUGGCAAUCCGACUACAAGCUCGUCGCCUCUCCGACCUUCAACGACGCCAUCUCCGCCAUGGGCUCCAUUGUCUUUGCUUGGGCCGGCACCCCGACGUUCUUCCAAAUCUCGUCGGAGAUGCGCAAUCCAGCCGAUUUCAACAAGUCCCUCAUUCUCUGCCAGUCCAUCAUCACUGUCAUAUACGUUGUCGUUGGCGUCGUAGUGUACUAUUACUGCGGCUCGUACGUGGCUUCGCCAGCUCUUGGGUCCGCCGGCCCGACUGUGAAGAGGGUAGCAUAUGGGCUUGCUCUGCCUGGACUUUUGGCUUCUGCCAUUCUCCUUCUUCAUCUGCCCGCGAAACAAGUAUUUGUCCGCGCCCUCCGAGGGUCCAAGCAUCUCACAAGCAACACCCCGAUUCACUGGGCUACUUGGCUCGGAUCAACAUUUGCCACUGUAUUGGCAGCGUACCUAGUUGCCAGCGGCAUCCCCGUCUUUGGUCAGCUUGUCUCUCUGAUUGGAGCUCUUUUGGGCACUUUGCUCUCAUUCCAGACCAUGGGGUUUAUGUGGCUACACGACAACUGGUCCGAGGGUAAACAAAACCCAACGAUGAAGUGGUGGCUUAUGGUUGCGUGGAGCAUCUUCGUUAUUGUUUCUGGCAGCUUCUUGAUGGUUGCUGGGACAUAUGGCUCGAUCCAGAACAUUGUCGAUUCUUACAAAGUAUCGGGCGGGUCGGCCGCAUGGUCAUGCGCCGAUAAUUCGAAUUCGACUUAG